AUGCCUUCCAUGUUCAUUGCUGUCAGAAACAUUAAGCCGGAACACCAGGAAAGGGCAAUACGAGUGAGAGCAGUUCGUGUGUAUGAAGUUCCUGAGAAAAGGGGAGAGGGGCAGGUCAGUAAGAGCAUAGAAGUUUUGUUCCAUGGUGAAGAGGGAGACUACAUUCAUGCGAGUAUUAUCAAGAAAGACAUUGUAAAGUAUAGAGAUACAAUCAAGGAAGGGAAAGUGUUUGAAAUAAAGAACUUCAUGGCCUCUACAAACUAUUAUGUCUACAAGAUUACAGAGCAUGGUUUCAUGCUCAAAUUUAACUACAUAACACAAGUGAAUGAAAUACAUUCUACUGGCUUUCCUUGCAAAAUGUUUAGAUUAAAGAGUUUUUUGGCUUUGAAAGAUCCUGAUGAUGUGAAUGACAAGGAGCUGAUUGAUGUUAUUGGAAGGGUAAUUGAGAUUUACAAUCCUGUGGACAAGAUUGUAGGGGGGAAGGCCACCAAACUAAUCGACUUUCAAAUUGAAGACAAUGCCAUGAAAGCUCAGGGUACUCCAAUGAGGAGUCUCAGUACUGGCACACUGCAUUCCAACUCUAUAGGCAUUAGUGAUUUUAAUAAUGCUGCUGUUAUUGUCACUAACUGCCAUGAUAUUAAGAAGGUGAAAGAGGAUGGGGACUACUAUGUUGCUGCUGAGAUUCUUGGGUUAGAUUUUGAGGAUGGUUGGUACUACCUAUCGUGCCUGAAACUUGGAUGUAAUAAGAAGCUUAAAGAACAGGAAGGGACUCUUUUUUGUACUAAGUGUAAAAAGACUUGUAUGAUGGAUACAGUUAGGUACAAAGUAGUUGUUAUUGCUCUUGACAAAUCUGGAGAUGCUCCAAUGUUGCUUUGGGAUAGGGAAGUUACAGAGCUUGUGGGUAUUCCUGCCUCUAUUUUGUAUGCAAAAUACAAGGAGCUUGAUGUUGAAGUGCCCCCUGAAUUGGAUGCUAUAGUUGGAAUGAAGAUGCUGUUUAAGAUCAACUUCAAACUGGCUCAAAAGAUGGGCCCCAAUUACCCAUUCAAUGUUGUUAGGGUUGUAAGGGAUGAGCACUUGCUUAAGACCUAUGCUGACAGGUUUGUGGAGCAUGAAGAGCAAGACUUAAUGUCAAAGAUGAUUGAGGAGGAAACUAACACCGAUGCAGUUUCUGGAGAAGAUUCUAUUGGAGUUGAAGUGAAUAGCCCUGCCACUGUCCAGCCCUCGCAAAAGGAAGGAGAAGACAAUGCUGAAAACUCUGGGGCUAUUAAAAGGUCACUUUUGGAUGAGUUUUCAUCAUCCAAAAGUAGGAAGAAGUUGAAUGACUCAGAAAUCAAGAGGGAAAAGUUUUUUUGGGAUGUUUUACAACUUUUAUCUAAUGUUAUUAAGAGUAAGGAUGAAAGGUGUCCAAGUUUAGCAAGGAUGCCAAGUGGCCAAGGUUUUAGAAGGCAGACAGGAUGGAAAUAG